GGUACCUAACCUAACCCUGACAACCUUAUCUAUCAUGUACAUACCUAGGUAAAUUUAAUCUCAUCUAUGCAUAUAGAAGUACCUGUCUACCAAGCACUUUCCAUGUUGCAAUGAGAAUUAGAUGAGCAGAAUAUCAGGUUCAGUGGAUUGCUGCUUCCGUAUGAGAAACAGGUUAGACUACGCGAUCAGGACAUUGAGCGUUUGAGUCAUCUCAGAUAAAGAGAUAUUUUUUAUUUUAAAGCUCGGUACCUAUGUAGAGGGAAAGUGAACUUCUCGCUAAACAAGAAGACUUCUACCGAGCCAUAAAAAUUAGAAUAGCCUCUCAUACAUAUUUCUACACAACAUGAACAUGAAUUUAUAGAAGAUGGAAGCUUUAUCCCACCACUCCUUUUUCGCUUCGAAUAUAUCAUACUAUCUAUUUUCUAGGUGAUAUUCGUUUGAUUCCUAUUAUGGUUUAUUUAACUAUAUCUUUUUUUUCUUAUAACUACUCGAUGUUGUGGGCAUUAUCAUUCUAUUCGAUGACUGUUACUUCAGAUCCUUCUAGAUUACUGACACUAGCAUUGUAGUAAUUGUACGGUACCUAGCAGCAAACUCUAUCGUAUAGCGUGCUAGCCUUGGAACUAGCAGCUAUGGCUCUAGCCAUUGCAAGCAUCAGUCGAUGCUACCACAAUUUUCAUCCUCUCCCAAGUCCAUCCGCACAAUUCAUACUUCGGCCGGUCGCACGCGUUACCACUAGAUUCGCUGUAACUCGGCCGACUAACACUCCGCUUUGUGGGUCCCGAAAAGCCUGCAGCUUGUCAAAUUGCUUGUCAAAUUGCUUGUCUAGCAGUUGUGAGCUUCUAUUUGCGGUCCCGGUCCAAGCGAAUCGCUCAUAUUUCGCUCCCCGGAUUUCAGCUUACUCUCAACAACGUGCCCGACUCACAACAUCUGCAAAUACCCGUCGAGGGUUGUAUCAGUUGUGUUGCACAAGAACAGGCUCAGGCUCAUCUAAUUACGCCUCAAUAGAAACGGCGCAACGGCAUUGGCCACUUGUCUCAUUGUCGCAUUUGUCGCAUUUGUCGCAUGCCUCUAAUAGACAUUUUUCAACGAGUUACCCCACUAUGACUGCUGUUAGGUUAGAUGGCACGGCCAUCGCAAAGAAGAUCCGCGAGAGACUGGCCGCUGAGAUAGUCGAAAAGCAAAAGUCCAAUCCUAAGUACCAGCCAUGCCUCAAGAUCAUCCAAGUCGGUGAUCGAUCUGAUUCUUCAACAUAUGUUCGCAUGAAGCUUAAGGCCGCUCGAGAGGCCAAUAUUACCUGCGAUCUCCUGCAUUUCCCUGAGGAUAUUACCGAGGCCGAGCUCUUGGCACAGCUACACGUCCUAAAUAAUGACUCUACCGUUUCCGGCAUCCUAGUUCAGCUGCCCCUGCCCAAGCAUGUCGACGAGUACAUCAUUACUUCCGCCGUCGCAGAUGAAAAAGAUGUCGAUGGUUUCGGUACCACAAACAUCGGCGAGCUCGCCAAGAAAGGUGGCCACCCAUUUUUUAUCCCCUGCACUCCCAAGGGAGUCAUGGUCCUUUUAGAGGAAGCAGGUGUGGACCUGAAAGGCAAGGAUGCUGUGGUUCUUGGCCGAAGCGACAUUGUCGGUAGCCCGGUCAGUUACUUGUUGAAGAACGCCGACGCAACCGUCACUGUCUGCCAUUCUAAGACUAAAGACAUCGAGGAGAAAGUAAAGAAGGCAGAUAUCGUCGUUGCCGCCAUUGGCCAGCCGGCCUUCGUAAAAGGAGAAUGGCUCAAACAAGGUGCCGUGGUUAUCGAUGUAGGAACCAAUUACAUCCCUGACGCAUCUAAGAAAUCAGGCCAACGGCUGGUAGGUGAUGUAGAAUUUGAGUCGGCUUCCGAGGUUGCUUCCUAUAUCACACCGGUUCCGGGUGGUGUGGGACCUAUGACGGUUGCUAUGCUAUUGCAAAAUGUUGUUAAUGCAACCACCAUGUAUUUCGACCGACAAAAGCAAAGGCGUAUCGUCCCGCUUCCUCUCAACCUGCGUACUCCAGUCCCCUCUGAUAUUGAGGUUUCGAGGUCACAGCCACCGAAGCCCAUCACGCGAGUCGCAGAAGAGAUUGGUAUUGCGCAUCAUGAGUUGGAACCCUAUGGCGCAUAUAAAGCCAAGGUGGACCUCACCCUUUUAAAGCGUCUGGAACACCGUCAAAAUGGUCGAUACGUCGUAGUUACAGGUAUCACUCCCACGCCGUUAGGUGAAGGGAAGUCCACCACGACCAUGGGCUUGGCUCAAGCACUGGGUGCGCAUUUAGGCCGAAUUACCUUUGCCAAUGUCCGACAGCCAAGUCAAGGUCCUACCUUUGGUAUCAAGGGAGGUGCAGCUGGCGGUGGGUACAGUCAAGUUAUACCCAUGGAUGAAUUCAACUUGCACUUAACUGGUGACAUCCAUGCUAUCACCGCAGCGAACAACCUUCUUGCCGCUGCUAUCGAGACUCGUAUGUUCCACGAGAACACGCAGAAGGAUGGCCCCCUUUAUCGAAGAUUGACGCCGGCAAAGAACGGAAAGAGGACUUUUGCGCCCGUUAUGUUCCGCCGAUUGAAGAAGCUAGGAAUUGACAAGACUGACCCUAACGAGCUCACCGAGGAUGAGAUCCACCGGUUCGCCAGACUAGAUAUCGACCCGGAGACUAUCACUUGGAGGCGCGUACUAGAUGUCAACGACCGCCACUUGCGCGGUGUCACUGUUGGUACUGCGCCAACUGAAAAGGGGCAGAGACGAGAUACCGGGUUUGAUAUCUCUGUUGCCAGCGAGUGUAUGGCUAUUCUAGCAAUGAGCACGAGUCUUGCCGAUAUGCGAGAAAGACUAGGUCGAAUGGUCGUCGCUACGUCGAGGACAGGAGACCCGGUCACUUGUGAUGACAUAGGAGCCGGCGGUGCAUUGACAGCCCUCAUGAAGGACGCCAUCAAGCCAAACUUGAUGCAAACAUUAGAGGGAACUCCCGUAUUUGUGCACGCUGGUCCUUUUGCUAACAUUAGCAUUGGGAAUAGCUCUAUCCUUGCCGACAAGAUGGCGCUCAAGCUAGCAGGUACAGAGCCCGACGAGGAUCACAACGCCAAGGCAGGAUUCGCUGUCACUGAAGCUGGUUUCGACUUCACUAUGGGAGGCGAGCGAUUCUUCAACAUCAAGUGCCGUGCCUCUGGCCUAGUACCCGACGUAGUCGUCAUCGUUGCUACGGUUCGCGCCUUGAAGGUGCAUGGCGGUGGCCCGUCCAUAUCUCCCGGUGCGCCGUUAGACCCUGUGUACAAGCAGGAGAAUGUCGAGAUCCUCCGAAACGGUUGCGUGAAUCUCAAGAAGCAUAUCGAAAAUGCUAAGGCCUACGGCUGCCCCGUUGUAGUUGCCAUCAAUAAGUUUUCCACUGAUACUGAUGCUGAAAUUGCUGCUUUACGAGAGGAAGCCAUUGCUGCCGGUGCCGAAGACGCUAUCCUAGCAAACCACUGGGCCGAAGGUGGUAAGGGCGCCGUAGAUCUUGCCAAGGGAGUUAUUGCCGCUUCUGAAAAGCCAAAGGACUUCAAGCUACUGUAUGAUGUGGGUGAGGGUACUAUUGAGCAACGCAUGGAGACUAUCUGCCAGAAAAUGUACGGCGCAUCCGCUGUUGAAUUUAGCGAGCUUGCCCAAAAGAAGAUCGACACAUACACGAAACAGGGCUUUGGAAACCUCCCAAUCUGCAUCGCUAAGACGCAAUAUUCGCUCUCCCAUGACCCGGAUCUUAAGGGUGCACCUACCGGCUUCACCGUCCCAAUUAGGGAUGUGAGGAUGGCUGCAGGUGCAGGAUAUCUGUACGCGCUUGCUGCUGACAUCCAGACAAUUCCUGGCCUACCUACUGCCCCGGGGUACCUGAAUGUCGAUGUUGACACCGAGACAGGCGAGAUUGAUGGACUCUUUUAGAUGCUAGACAGUCCUUGGUGUAUGCUUAUACACAUUCGUUAUAAACAAGAACUAGCGUAGAUGCGGUACGAAUAGAUAUCAACUAGCUAGACGGGGAACUUUAUGCAUUUGGGUAGCUUCGACGGAUUCAACCACGUAGGAGCAUCGGGCCAGGGGAAGUAUACUAGAUACGGCGACUCGAGGGCCGGCGUUUAUUAUACAUGAUACCUUCAACAGUAGUGUAUGCCGCAGGACUAUCUGCUGCGGUCAUACACGCCCAACAUAGAUAGUAGGAUACUUAGGAAUAAAUGCGAUGAAUUAGGUACUUGUGGAA